CAGUCUCUACAAAAGUACAUCAAGCCGCAUACUUAAUUGCAUACAAAAAAAUAAACAUUACAGUGUUUAAGGUUAUGUGCGUAUGGUAGACGGUGUUAUUACAAAAUAUGAGCAAAAUCCAAAAAUGGAAUCCAUGGCAAUUGAUCCUUGACAAGGAUAAAGAAACAUGCAAGGAUUACGGAGUCGUUGUACUCAACAGACCCAUGAACUACGAUUCCGAGUACAUAAUUUUCAAAAUCUGGAGUAAUGCUAAGAUUCGUGUGACUGUUGAUGGUGGUACGGAUAGAUGGAUUACGUAUACGAAGCCCCGACAGAUCCAGAAACUUCCGCACCCGGAUUUGAUAACGGGUGACAUGGAUUCGAUUUCCCGUUUGGCCGUAUCCAAGUUUGCGAAUCUCUCUAAAAUAAUCCCGACGCCGGAUCAAAACGAAACAGAUUUCACUAAAGCUCUUCUCGAGGUGCAAAAGUUAAUGGACUUGAAGAACAUCUUGGUGCUGACCGAAACAUCUGGUCGUUUAGACCAAAUCCUCUCGAACGUUAAUACCUUGUACAAGGCCAAGAAGUUUAUGCCUCAAACGAACGUGUAUUUGGUAUGUCCGGAUUCCGUGAGCUGGCUUCUGGAUGAAGGUGAACAUUCUAUAAAGAUUCCAGCGCAGUUGCGGAAGGAUAAGGUUUGGUGCGGAUUAAUACCGAUUGGAGGUGCUUGUAGAGUAACAACGACAGGAUUGAAAUGGAAUUUGAAAAACUCUUUAAUGGAAUUUGGACAGUUGGUUAGCACGUCGAAUACUUACAGUGACGAUGAAGAGGUUACGGUUCAAACGGAUAGGACUAUUCUAUGGACAAUGGGCGUAGAGAAAUAUGAAUCUUUAUUAUAAUGUAAAGUAUUGUUUAGCGCAAUUGAACUUAAAUCGAGAGCAUUUGGGUGCAUCUUACCUCAUUAGUUAUUUAAGAAAAAAAUAAAUAAAAUUAAAUCGUCGUUACCUUCGCUCACCCAUCAAGACUCGCGUUGCUCUCUAAAGUUUCUUUAUACAAAUAUAUUUUGGUUACUUCCAAUUGUUACUUAAAUUAAUUUAUUUUCGUAUAUAAAGGGUGUAUUUACAUAGAA